AUGGCGCAUACAAGAGCUGUCAUAAGUACACCGUGUUCUCCAAGCGCUGUCAACACCAGUCCAGCCGAUGCCUCAAACCCCCCCAAAGACGACGACAGCGCCCCCACGCCCAGCGAAACAGACCUCCAGGACGCCUUGAAUACAGGCAGGCGCCCGAAAAGAGCCAAGAAACACCACUUCAAAUUGCUCGGUCCCCUCCAAGACGACGAACCCCCAAGCCGCCAAAACGACACCUCCCCCCUCCUCCGCCUCCCCCCCGAGAUCCUCCACCGCAUCGCCACCUACGCCCUAACCUCACCCACCCACUCCCUCACCUACGACUUUACCACCAAGCGUUUCGACGUCUCCACGAUCGGAGUGGGGCUCAUCGCAACAUGUCAGGCGAUUGCGCUUCAAACACGCUUCUUACAUUUCAGCGCCAACGCUUUGGUGUUCAAAGUAGACGACCCGUCCAGCACUGGCGCAAUGAGGGAUUUCAGGGUUGUGAACCAAGGCUUGCGUAGCCUGGCGGAGGCAACUGGACGCUUGUUUGCUGUGUAUUUGUUUGAAAGGGGGGCGAGGCACGUUACGGUGUGGUGCUGGGGGCUAAGGGGUGAGGGGGGUUAG